UGGGGGAUUCCUAUAUUGCAAAACCCCCGCGGCUUAUGGUGAUGUGAAUUCGUGACUGAGGCUUGGGUGACUUUAUCUCAGGGACUUUGGGAGACUUGGUGAUGCCGCGCAAACAGUGACGCAAGCCGCGGGUCCUGAGGUGAAGCCAAGUGACUCACCCACACAGCCUCGCGAAAGUAGAGUAAGAAGAGGAGCGAGGAGCAUAAAGCGGAAAAGAAUGCCACUCUUUUAUGCCAGGCGGAUCAGAUGAAAGUGGCGCCGUUGAGUGUGAGGGUGUGUGGAGGACCUGAGGGAGUGUGUGCUCAGUGUGUGUGUGUGUGUGUGUGUGUGUGUGUGUGUGUGUGGUGGCCUCGGGUGUGAGAGUGGCUGUGAGAGGAGUGUGUGGGGCAGGUGUCCCGUCACCGCCUACCUAACACUGCCAGACAGAAAUAGAUCUCCUGUGCGACAGUGUAAACAUUGCGGUGCUAUCACCAUCCUGCAGCCGAUGUGUGCAUCUUUUGUUUGCAGCGCCACUGACGCCCUUCUUCCCAGGUGCUUACUCUUCACGCCAAGCUUUUGAGAAACUGACGAACUUAUAAACGCGAAGCUUUGCGUGUAAGUGCUAGUGAGUGAAGUUACAUACAUGGAAGGAUGGCGCUGUGUGUUGGACCUUUGGUUUUCGUAACGUUACCUGAGGAAGGUGUUACUUGACACACCUCAGGCCUGAGUAGCAGGUGCCCGCCAACCUGCACAAGCCCAAGCGUGCAGCCCGCCGGCCGUGUGUGCUGCACGGGAAGACACAUUGACUGGCAUGCACAGCCCCGGUGAUGCAGAAACGUCGACGAGUGAGCGACAGUGUCCUGACAGGGGUGCUGCCCGCACUGGGGCUCAAGAAAAAUUCGAGCCACAUAAACGUCCGCGGCGAUCACCUCGCCUCCUCCUCCACAGUCACCUCCCCGCUACCCUGGGCUGUCAUAAACUUGGAGAUUUUUUGGGUGCUGCUGAGUCCCAACACGAGAUGUGCCGACCGUCUGGCCAAGUCCUGCGGCCUUCGCUCCUUCCAGGCAUCUGAAUCCCCUCACGCCCACACCCCCCCAGGGGGUGAGCUCCAUCCGUGCCACACCUCCCCAAAGAGCGGGGCCGCCAACUGUGGGGGAAGCUGUGCCCAGGACAGAGCCUUCCAGUGUGGCCGGAGUACUAAGGCUGAGGAUCGUGCGGAGACUGACGCGCCCACCGUGUGUCGUCGGCACAGUGCGGACUCUCGCCGAAAAUUUGGCGUAGUUUCCCCCCAGACAAAGAGGUGCAGGUCUGGUUCGUGGACUAGUCAGAAGUGCAGCAAUGGGGGUGGGCGCGAGAGCCAAGGUGUGGGUGGGAGGAGCCACUGCCAGGCAAGCUUGGGCAGUGAGGGAGGGAGGAGGAGCGGUUCAGGGCUGCCUCAAGCCAACUGUGGCGGCCGCUGCUGCUGCUGCUGCUGCUGUUAUUGCUGCUGCUGCUGCUGCUCAACGAUGAAUCAAGCCGAGAUCAUAAAGGAGGAGGCACGUCAGCUGAAGGCUGAGGGCCUGGACCACCGCGAGGAGUCCCAAAUUAUGGGGGCGUCAGAGCGGGUGGCCGGUGAUGGGUUCUCUGUCCACCGGUCAGCACUGAGUGAGCAGCAGCAGCGACAGACCAAGACCCCUGCGGGCGCCAUCAACCAGGAGUCAUCCCGACAAGCUACAAAGUCCGGCAUCACCAUAAAGGCCCAAGGCGUGUGCACCAAGCAGUUCACCUCCAUGAACACAUCCCAGAAUAAUGUAAACAUCACCAGUUUUGAAGACCUGGACAAGCUGAGCUCCAACUCUCAGCCUGGAGACGUGCAAAACACCAUCAUGCGUUACUCUGGAGUGAUGUACACCUUUGUGGAGAAGCUAAAGAACCUUACUGUCAACCAGUCCCUCAAGGAUGCCCCAACACUGCUGGAAAACAUUGAUGAAAUGAUGAGAAAAGCGUGGUCAGUGCCCACUUAUGGCCACGAGUUGGGCUUUUCUUUAUGCAAUGUUUUGAGAACUAAUGGUGGUAUGGACCUUCUCCUUGACAACUGUCGCUCAGAAAACUCAGAUUUGAAGUUUUCAAGUGCCAAGGUGUUGGAACAGUGCCUCACCACUGAAAAUCGUGGCUAUGUUGUUGAAAAUGGUCUCAAAAACAUAGUGAGUGUUGCGUGUGACUGUACGAAAAAUGGCUCAUCUGUGGACAAGUCUAGAGUGGGUACUGGAAUUCUGGAGCAUCUCUUCAAGCACAGCGAGGGAACCUGCUCAGACAUUAUCAGACUAGGAGGAUUGGAUGCUGUGCUGUCUGAGUGUAGAAAAGCUGACGUAGAGACUUUAAGACACUGUGCUGGUGCACUGGCCAACCUGUCCCUGUAUGGAGGCUCAGAUAACCAGCAGGAGAUGAUCCAGCGUAAAGUUCCAAUGUGGCUGUUCCCUCUUGCCUUCCACUCUGACGAGAAUAUCAAGUACUAUGCGUGCCUCACCAUUGCUGCCUUGGUAGCAAAUAAGGAAUUAGAAGCUGAAGUGCUACAGUCUGGAACCUUGAAUCUUGUAGAACCAUUUGUCUCAAGUCAGCUUCCUGAUGCCUUUGCCAACUCCACUGUGGCUCACCGCCAUGGCCAGAGUCAAGGUUGGCUUCAAAGGUUACUCCCAGUACUUAGAAGUAAAAGAGAAGAAGCUCGAAACCUGGCAGCUUUUCACUUCUGCAUGGAAGCUGGCAUCAAGAAGAGACAAGGAAAUCUGGAACUCUUCAGAGAAAUUGGUGCCAUUGAACCCCUGAAAGACGUUGCAAGUUCUCCAAAUGCCAUUGCCAGCAAAUACGCAGCGCAAGCUCUCCGGCUAAUGGGCGAGGAAGUGCCACACAAACUAAGUCAACAGGUACCUUUAUGGACACCUGAGGAUGUUAGGGAGUGGGUCAAGCAAAUUGGAUUUUCUCAGUUUUGUGAUAACUUUGUAAAUUCCCGAGUGGAUGGAGACCUCCUGCUCAAACUCGGUGAAGAGAACCUAAAGGAAGACAUUGGCAUUCAGAAUGGCAUACUGCGGCAAAGGUUCCUGAGGGAGCUGCGGAAACUGAAACUCAUUGCUGAUUAUUCCUCAUGUGACUUGACAAGACUAAAUGAUUUCUUGGUUGAAAUAGACAAGGAGUACGCAGAAUACACUUACAAGAUGCUGAGUGCUGGAGUGACCAAGGAGUGGCUCAGGUAUCUCAGUGAAGACCAGUUAAUGUUGGAGUGUGGCAUCACCAAUUCCAUUCACAGACAAAAACUCCGUCAUAGUAUACUGAAUGAGACGGGUCAGCUACAGGACACAAGCUCCCUCGACAAGACCUUGGAUGUCUUCAUCAGCUACAGACGGUCAAAUGGAUCACACUUAGCAAGUUUACUCAAGGUUGACUUGCAGCUCAGGGAUUUCAGUGUAUUCAUUGAUGUGGAAAGACUACGAGCUGGAAAGUUUGACAACAAUUUGCUAAAUUCCAUUAGACAAGCCAAGAACUUCCUUUUGGUGCUGACGCAAAAUGCCCUUGAUCGAUGUAUUGGUGACACUGAGUGCAAGGAUUGGGUGCACAGGGAGAUUGUUGCAGCACUGCAAGCCGGGUGUAACAUUAUUCCUAUCAUUGACAACUUCCAAUGGCCAGAACCAGAGGAACUCCCUGAGGACAUGAGGGCAAUCUGCUCCUUCAAUGGCGUAAGGUGGAUCCACGAGUACCACAAUGCCUGCGUGGAUAAGAUGGAGAGGUUCAUGCGAGGCGAUGAUUCUCUCGGCCGCUACACCAACAGGAGUGUGGAGGGCGGUAUGGCCACCCCUGGCACCCCCUCCAACCUUCCCCGCGCACCUCCGCUAUAUCAGCGCACAACUAGUACAGAGAGUGGAGGGAAAUGCUCCUCGUGCUCAGACAAGGACCCCAAAGACUGACGGGGCGACCCUGCAUUGGUUAAACACAGGAGAUUAUUAGCCACCAGCAGCCCCCGCUCAGCUUCCCCACUGAGGCGAGCUGGAAGGGCUGUCAGCCCGGCACUGCGUGUCGCUGUCCGUGGGAUGGGGGGAAGGGGCUCUGGCACCAGCUCUCCCCUGCUGCCUCGGCCACAGCGCCGCACACUGCCACCGUCACGCUCUCUCAGCCUGGACACUGGUCUUGACAACAAUGCUGCUGCUUCGUCUGACCCAGAGACUGCGACAGAUGUCGUCACCUCGUGUGAACAGUACCUGCAGCAGCAGCACAACCAGCAGCCAGAACAGUCACAGGUGCAGCAGAGUAGGGAGCCACGGCCUUCCAGGCGGAGACUCAGCAGCAUCCCCUGUGACAGCAGCCCCAUAGCUGAGGAGGAGAGUGGGAUUGACGGAGAAUCGCGGAGCGACCACCAUCUAUCUUCCUCUCCCAGGUCCUCCCUCAUAUCAUCUCGCCGCUCAUCACUUGCUUCGACUGAUGACUUGCAGAGAAAGUCAUCAUUUGUCAACAAGUGCAUGACAAGAGUGAGAGGCUUCAUCAAGAAGUAAUCACUCCUGGCAGCGGUGCCCCGGGUGGUGCUCACGACAGUCAGCCACACUCCUGUGGAAUAACAUUCUCAUGACCAGUGCAGGGAGUCAAGGAUGAACAUCUGGGCCACACACUGGAGCAGGCCAGAAGCUUGCCUCAGAAGUGACUGCUCUACAUCAAACCUUACGCAAGACAAUCAGCCACUGUCACACUUGAGUUACUGUGAAGGCAUGGGUUGGGCAGGUCCACUGCAGGGAACACCCCUAACACUGGGCCAAGUAGUUGGAGAGCUCAACACCCACUGGUAUUAAGCAUUGUUAAUGAGGUGGUCACUUUUCCUGCCAUACAGAAGUUGCAGCUGAUUAUCACUUUUAGAAGCAUAUUGUAAUUAGAAGUUUCUUGAUACCAAAUAAUAUACUAAGAAGCAUUUAAUUAUCUAUUUCUUCACAGUAUUCUUUCACCAUCACUCACAGGUCUCAUGUAUUUUCUUCUUUUUUUUAGUUGUGAAUCAUGAAUGAUAUAGAGGCAGCAAUUAAUAAUUCAGCCAGCAGUUAUUACUAUUAAUUUUUCAUUUAUUUAUUUUUUUUACUAAGGCUUCUAGAUAUUGUAAAUAUAUCACAUAAAUUAAACUAUUUAGUCAGGCUACGUCAUACCUGAAUGGCUGAUGAGGUUGUAUUUUAUAUUUAUCUGUACAUAGUCAACUUUUACUUCAACAUGAGACCAAUGCGUCACACUUCACACUGUAUUCAGAGACUUGUUCUCUUCACUAAAAGUUCUGGAACACCAAGAAAAUAGUGCUAAGACAUAGAUGUUCCAUACAAAGUUCCAAAGAGUCUGCUCACCUCCUGGGCAGACUAUUCCUCCUCUUGUGAAUCUUUUAGUCAUUGUACUGAUGAAAGGUGAUGUUAAUAUUAGAGAAUGAUUAUACUGAACCCAUCGUCAUGAAUUCGCCACGUCAAGUGACAAUUUUACCAUUGUACAUAAAAAUCCGGCAACUAACGUGUAAGUUUGAGAUUUAUUAUUUUUACAUGCAGUAGUUUAAAGCUUAAAUAAAUACUAUUUAAGUUAUAAA